CAGAUAAUAAUAUAUUAUUUCGAUUUCGUUAGCGUGCAACUCUCGCCUACAAUCAUAAUAUAGUUUAAUAAUAAUGAGAUAAAUAAACGUAAAUUAAUAUCAUAUCAAAUAUUAAAAUAGUUAGGUCGCGGUCAUCGCAGUCAUUUUACGUGACGCCGUGUCGAUCACGAGCACGUCCGCCGCAACGAACGCUUCCGUCCAAAACCCCAAGAGUCCCAUAGGUACACAAUAAUCGUACCAAUGAUUGUCAAUUUAAAAUAUUUCAAAAAACAAUGGUCGGACUUUCCCGCGUUCGGAAUCUCGACGUUUAAAGUGACGAACCCGGAUCUCCGCAAAACGUUGUAUACGUUGACGGCUUUGCAGUUGUGGUUUCAAGCGUUUUCAAUAAUACUGUUGGUCAUCAGCUGCGCAUUAGAAUGGUACGUCGAAAAAGACGGCAAGAUUUCGAAUCAGCAAUGGACCGGUUACGGUCAGUUAUACUUCAAUACCUCUCUGCUAUUCCAAAUAUGUGACGUCAUACUAUCGAUGUACGCGAGUUAUCAUUUUUUACGAAAUGCCACUACCCGAUACAAUAACAUACAAGACGUCAGGAUAUGGAUAAUAGUCAACAACCUUUACCUCUUGUCGGCGGUAGCGUGUUUUCUAUUCGUGUUGUCCAGAGUCAGUAGUGUCAUAAUAUGCAUUAAAUCGAUAACCAUAUUGAUAUUUGCCAAUUACAAGGUAUACAUCGUUCAUCAGAUUUACAAAGACGAAAAUUCGUCAUAUAUUUUUUUGGAACAAGCUUCACAAAAAUCUGUCGACGGUGACGUUCAGUCUCCUCAGAAUUUCGACACCGUGGAAGUUGAAGUGGAAUAUUCAGAAAAAGUCACUUUCGAACCACUGCUCUACACGGCGAAUUAAUAACCAAAGAUAAUAUAUACCUAAGACGGCUAUCAUAUUUGUAUUCACAAAUAUACAUAUAUAUUGAUAUUAAAAUAAAGUUUCAAUGUCUAUAUGGGUUUAAAGAUAAUAUAUACCUAAUAGAUUUAUUUCUUAUCGCCAAUGAUUUUAUAACGAUAUAAUACUGUAAGUCUUUUAUUUUAUAAGUUGUAAAUAUAAUAUAUCAUAAUAUUAUACAUAUUAUUAAAAUAAGCAUCAUAUUCAUAAUUUACACUUUGACGGUUUCCGAACCUACAUAGUGCAUCCUCCCUUCACUCUUCAUCAUAGAUAUGGCUAUCCAGUGGUCUCCAAUAAUUAAGUAUAUAUUGAUUCUAAAUGUUACCAUAAAUCAAAUACAUACAUUUUAUUAUUUUGAAAUCCCCGAAUCAUUGGUUAACUUUAAAAAAAUCGUCAAAGACUAUAAAGUCUGUAUACCUUCGUCUAAACUGGCAUAAUAAAUUUAGUUGAAAAUGUCCACUACCGCCUUAAAAAUAGCUUCUAAAUCUUCUCAUACUUUUCCCAUCACACCGGUUGAUUGAGCUGCCCAGACAAUCACAUUAACAAAAUACUAUUAUACUAAUCCAAAAUCUUAAGAACGAUAUGUUUUGUACCCCGAUGGUUGGCUUAUCAGAUACAUAAUAUUUUUAAUUCUUAAUUUCUAUUGUUAAUAAUUAUAUAAAAAUAGUAUAUCAAACAAAUUUCAAUUAAAAUGGAUCAAAUCAAAAGAAUCACAUCGUCAAUAUAUAUGUAUUUAUUCUCAGUAACUUCAAUUCUGUUCAUAUCAUUAAUAAUUAUUAUUAUUUUUAGCUACCUAACACUUAUAAAUAUAGUUAUGGUUUUUAUCAUGUUCCAAAAAUGGGACAUGCAUUGAUGACAAAUCUAAAUUUGUUGUAGGUGGGACAUUUGUCCAGGGCCCCGCGCUUGUUAAAGGGCCACUCGAUUUUUAAUUAUCAUCUUAUUACCGUAAGACACAUUGACAUUUUACAUAAUUACAUUAAAAAAUUAUAAAUCUAUAAAUGUAUUAAUCUAUUCUACACAUCACACAAUAUGUAUUAUAUUAAUAUUAUUCCUAUCACCUGCAGUUAUUUGGAAAAUGAUAUUUAAAUUUAUCACUAUAAUUAUUGUUUUCUCUGUGUUCUUUAUUUGGAAAGGCUUUCUGCGUAUUGCCGUAUGUCCGUAUGG